CACGAGCAGAGAAGAGAACCGUCUAUACAACUUCCCUCUCGACUUUUGUUUCUCAGGGAUGGCUGCAUCUAUUCUGGAGGAGGAAGCUCGUUAUGGCUCCAAUCCUCUUGCCAUGCUAUCUGCUACCUGCAACAAGUUUGGAAGCACCAGCCCCAUGAGGGACUCGGCCACACUCGGAAAGGCAGGCCCCGGCAGCACCGCUCCAGGCAAGAAGCAGUACGGCACGACCUCAGAGCUCCAGAAGAACAGCAGAGAAGGAGGGGAGAGCAUUGAGAACUCCUACACUGGGUCGUUCAGCUCCGGAGGGGGGCUACUCACGCCCAUUGAGAGUCCACCACCGUCUUCUGGGGGGUACACGUCUGAGUACAACGCCUUCUCCCACUCCUUCCAGACCUCCAUGUCCCAGGACCAGUCCUUGCUGGUGUCCAAGGCCCACACCACGGCCGACUGUCUGGCCAGCGUCUACACCUCCCUGGACAUGACCCACCCCUACUGCUCCUGGUACAAAGCUGGCAUCCACCCCGGCAUCACCGCCACCCCCUCCAACGCCACAUCCUCCUGGUGGGACGUCCACACCAACACCAACUGGUUGAGUGCUGCCCAGCCCCAGACCGACGGCCUCCAGGGCUCCCUCCAGACCGUCCCUCCCCAAGCCUCCCUCAGCCCCCAGCUGCCCAGCUACGCCUCAGAAUUCACCUCCCUCAACCCAGCUCAGUACCCCUCUGUGGGCCUGGGCUCCUCAUCACACCUCCUCCAGUCCUCCCAGCACAUGCUGCCUCAGGACAUGUACAAGCCCAAGCAGGUGUCCGGCGGGGGGCUGAUAGAGAGUCAGAUGGGCCUGAAGCCUGCGGCUGGAUCACGAGGGUAUGGAGGAACCACCACUGGCAGGUCCUCCUGUGACUGUCCCAACUGCCAGGAGUUGGAGCGGCUGGGGGCCUCGGCUGCAUCCCUGAGGAAGAAGCCUGUCCAUAGCUGCCACAUCCCAGGGUGUGGGAAAGUCUAUGGGAAGGCCUCGCAUCUCAAGGCCCACCUCCGCUGGCACACUGGGGAGAGACCCUUCGUCUGCAACUGGCUGUUCUGUGGGAAACGCUUCACACGCUCCGACGAACUGGAGAGGCAUGUCCGCACGCACACGCGGGAGAAGAAGUUCACCUGCCUGCUGUGUAACAAGAAAUUCACCCGCAGUGACCACCUCAGCAAGCACCAGAAGACGCACGCAGAGUCUGCCCUGCAGCAGGGAAAGACCGGGGAGGGAGAGGCCCAGGACCCCAGGAACGAGGAGACGGCAGACCCCAAUAAGCCCAACAUGGCCGUGCAGAAUAAUGGAGGAGUCCCUGGUGACCCUACUAACAAAGGAGAGAAGAAGAACACUGGUUCAGGCAAUGGGGUGGAAACAAUCAGUGGACUGCUGGAGAUCUAACUUAAUCGUAUGUGUUGUCUUAUAGGGGUAGUUGUGGCAGCGUUGUUGUGCUGCAAAGUUUACUAUGUAUUAUUAUUUUGUAUUAGUACAUACUGCCCACACUCUGACAUUGUUUGCCAAAGAAUGCAUUUGACAUAGUUCAAGAUAACCGGGCAGGCAGGUUGGAAAUACACAUUCUGUGGACCACAGACACACACGUACACAUGUAUACACAGACACCACACAAAACAUUUCUUCAUUUUCAGUAAAACAACCACUGGUGAAAUUCAAUCUGCAAGAGCAGUGGUACAAUGACUUGGAAGCAAAGAAGAAAAUGAGUGUAGCGAGUAUGAGGGAGUUUAUGGGGUAUUGCUUCCUCCAUAAGUUUCAUUUUGUACUUUAUUACUUCAGUAAGAAACAGAUAAAUAGUGGUUUAAUCUGAUACUGCAUACGUUUUGUUUUUGGGUUUCCAAAUGUGUGUAUGAAUUAAAGAGGAUCUUGCAUUGUGCAGACAAUGUAUUAUUGCCUAAUAAAUGGCAAGAUAGUUAAAGCUGGCCAUUGAUGAUAAUUUAGUAAAUUAAGAUUUUUUUGUUUCUUUUAUUUAUUGAUUAUUACUAAGAUGUUGUUGUUGGUACUAUAGUGUUUGAAGAUUUAUUUAUAGAUCUUGAAGUUAGUUGUUUCUGAAAACUACUAUUUCUACAUAACCUUUCUAUUGUGAAGUCUGCAUACCUGCCACGUUGAUAGUUGAUGAAAGCCUUGAGUGUAUUGUAUAUUGAGUGUAUUGUGCUUGGCUGAUUCUAGAGCUGUGUUAUUUUUCUACCUUUUUCUGUUUUGUUGAUAAACCUCUUUACAACUAACUGUAAUGAAAAUGACACUUGCAACAAUAAUAUUAAGACGCUUAAGUUAAAGUAAGACAGUGAUCAGAUCAUAUCCUACAUUUAUCACUAAUGCAUGAUGGAUAUUUUGGAUAUUAAACUCUGGAUAUUUUGUGAUUGAACAUCUAGAAGACUUUUACAGUUUGAAAGUUUGCAGAAUGUGAAAUUAGCUAAAUAAUUUAAUUAUGUAAAUAAUAAUUCAGCAUGAUCUUGGUAGAGGAGUAUGAAUGAGUGUCAUGGUUUGGAAGUCAUGACAUGGAAUGGUGCUUCAG